AUGCUUGCCCUUGUGCCAUGGAGCCAAAACAAGCGAACUUCAGCACCUCCACCACUUCAACCAUUACAUUCUCCACCCAACCAUCUUCCACCCAUUUCUCCACCCAAAUUGUCACCGUCAAGUCAUAGUACAGUUGGACAUCCUCAUAGCCCUGGCCGAUCUCCCUUGGGGCCAAUGGCCAUUCUCCGUGGGACAAAGAAGAAGAUAAAGAAGAAGAAGCGCAGGAGGAAGGAGAGCUUCAGCAUCUACAUCCACAAAGUCCUGAAGCAGGUACAUCCGGACACGGGCGUUUCCAGCAAGGCCAUGUCCAUCAUGAACAGCUUCGUGAACGACAUCUUCGAGCGCAUCGCUGCCGAGUCCUCGCGCCUGGCGCACUCCAACAAGCGGUCGACCAUCACCAGUCGGGAGAUAGACAGCCGUGCGCCUGCUUCUGCCCGGAGAGCUUGCCAAGAACGCCGUGUCCGAAGGUACCAAGGCCGUCACAAGUUGACGAGCUCCAAGUAA